ACUUCGGCAGCUUCCGCCGGUUCGGUCGGAAAUGGCCGAAGACGUGCGAGACCCAGCGGUUUAAGGGGAGAAGACCGGCCGGCUUCUCGGAAUAAACCAACUGUGUCCGGCCCGUGGGGGGGGAGCAGGGGAGGGCGGACGGAGCGGGAAGACGAGGCAGCGGCUAUGGCUCCCCCCCCAGCCGCUCGCGGCUCCGCCGGGAGGGCGAAGUGAGGGCGCCGAGAGGCUCCAGACAGAUGAGUAGAGAGCUGGCUGCAGAAGAGGGACAGAUUCCAGUUUGCCACAGAUCACAGAGUACAGAGGGAAACCCUUGAGAUCAGCGCUGGGAGGAAGAAGAGAGGUGGUGAAGGAGUCGAUGUGAGAUGUGGGACAGGUCUGAGCCCAGGAGCUGAGGGACAGCAGGCAGAAUCACCUGUGACUUGGAAGGAUUCUAAAGCAUUUCUCAGAAGUGGCCAUGACAAACACAGGCCUGAGACCUCCUUUGGUCAAUGCUGCAUUAUUGAAUAUUUGGAAUGGCAGAGCUGCACCCUCCCAGCAGCGAUGAGAGAGACUGACGGCGCCGCGAGUCGCUCCUGGCCGCGUCUGCUCGGGGGCUGCUGCCUCUGCAUAUUCAUGGCAUGGUAAUGCGGGAUGUCGGCAGCAGCCGCGGACUUUGGCUCGGUCCCGCCGUGUUUUCCUUCUGCCCGUUGUGACUCUGGAUCGCCAUGACAACGCUGUGACACUUCCAGCAAAGGUUGCCCGCGGACCGAGGGCGGGCAGCGAGGUCAACGAUCGAGUCCAGCGGGAUCGGAAGAGCCGCCGGCACGGCAGGAAGAUGAAAUUCCCCUUCCGUCGGCUUCUCGUUGAGCGGGCGCAGCGACGCUUCCCUCGCCGUAAAAACUCUUUUGGUUAUGGCUACUGACCCGACGUGAUUGCGCGCGCGGCGGCUUCGGAACUCAUGACUGGCUAUACGAUGUUGCGCAAUGGGGGAGUGGGGAACGGAGGCCAGCCCUGGGUGUUGAGGUGGUCCAGUCGGAUCCGGCUCACCUGGCUCAGCUUCACCCUCUUCGUCAUCCUCGUUUUCUUCCCCCUCAUCGCCCACUACUACCUGACCACCAUCGACGACGCGGACGAUGCCGGCAAGCGCAUCUUCGGCCCGCGCACCGGCAACGAGCUGUGCGAGGUGAAGCACGUGCAGGACCUGUGCCGCAUCCGCGAGUCCGUCAGCGAGGAGCUGCUCCAGCUCGAGGCCAAGCGGCAGGAGCUCAACAGCGAGAUUGCCAAGCUCAACCUGAAGAUCGAGGCCUGCAAGAAGAGCAUUGAGAAUGCCAAGCAGGACCUGCUGCAGCUGAAGAACGUCAUCAGUCAGACUGAGCAUUCCUACAAGGAGCUGAUGGCGCAGAACCAGCCCAAGCUCUCCUUGCCCAUCCGGCUGCUGCCGGACAAGGACGACGCGAGCUUCCCGCUGCCGAAAUCCAACAGGAACUGCAGGCUGCACAACUGCUUCGACUACUCGCGCUGCCCGCUGACGUCUGGCUUUCCGGUCUAUGUCUACAACAGUGACGAUUUCCCUUUUGGUAGCUCCUUAGACCCUUUAAUUAAACAGGCCUUUGAGGCCACUGUGAGAACUAAUGUUUAUGUUACUGAAAAUGCAAAUAUUGCUUGUGUGUAUAUAAUUUUAGUGGGGGAAAUGCAAGAGCCCGUAAUGCCAAAACCUACUGAACUAGAGCAACAGUUGCACUCUUUGCCGUAUUGGAGGACUGAUGGGCACAACCAUCUCAUCAUCAACCUGUCGAGGAAGUCGGAGACUCAGAACUUCCUCUACAACAUCAGCACGGGGCGCGCCAUGAUCGCCCAGUCCACCUUCUACGACGCCCAGUAUCGACCGGGCUUUGACAUCGUGGUGUCCCCUCUGGUCCACGCCAUGUCCGAGCCCAACUUCCUGGAAAUCCCUCCCCAGGUGCCGGUCAAGCGUAAGUACCUGUUCAGUUUCCAGGGGGAGAAGAUCGAGUCUCUGCGCUCCAGCCUGCAGGAGGUUCGCUCUUUCGAAGAGGAGAUCGAAGGCAACGCGCCGGCCGACUACGACGACCGGAUCAUCACCACCCUGAAGGCCGUUCAGGACAGCAAGCUGGACUUUGUUCUGGUGGAGUUCACCUGUAAGAACCAGCCUAAGGCGAGUCUGCCCACUGAGUGGGCUCUGUGUGGAGAAAGGGACGACAGACUAGAGCUACUGAAGCUUUCUACUUUUGCACUGAUCAUCACCCCCGGCGACACCCGUUUGGUGAUUUCCGCCGGGUGUGCCAUGAGACUGUUCGAGGCCCUGGAGGUCGGGGCCAUCCCGGUGGUUCUCGGAGAGCAAGUCCAGCUACCCUACAACGACGUGAUCCGGUGGAACGAGGCAGCCUUAAUCAUACCAAAGCCACGAAUCACAGAAGUGCACUUUCUUCUGAGAAGCAUUUCUGACAACGACCUCCUCGCCAUGAGGAGGCAGGGCCGCUUCUUGUGGGAAACCUACUUCUCCACCUCCGACAACGUCUUCAGCACAGUCUUGGCCAUCAUAAGGACUCGAAUCCAAAUCCCAGCCGCUCCCAUCCGAGAAGAGCCCGCCGUGGAGAUCCCCCACCGCUCUGGCAAAGCUGCUGGUACAGACCCCAACAUGGCAGACAAUGGUGACCUGGACCUGGGGCCCGUGGAGACGGAACCGCCCUACGCCUCUCCCAAAUAUCUCCGCAAUUUCACCCUCACCGCCAUGGAUAUCUACAGGAAUUGGAAUUCUGCACCAGGGCCUUUCCACCUCUUCCCCUACACUCCCUUUGACCCCGUUUUACCAUCAGAAGCCAAGUUUUUGGGGUCUGGGACUGGAUUUCGACCCAUUGGCGGAGGAGCAGGCGGCUCUGGGAAGGAAUUCCAGGCUGCUUUGGGCGGCAACGUCCCGCGCGAGCAGUUCACGGUGGUGAUGUUGACUUACGAGCGGGAGGAAGUGCUGAUGAACUCCCUGGAAAGGCUCAAUGGCCUCCCCUACUUAAAUAAAGUUGUGGUGGUGUGGAACUCUCCCAAGCUUCCCUCCGAGGAUCUCUUGUGGCCGGACAUUGGCGUCCCAAUCAUGGUGGUACGUACAGAGAAGAACAGCCUGAACAAUCGCUUCCUGCCCUGGGACGAGAUCGACACCGAGGCCAUCCUGUCCAUCGACGACGACGCCCACCUGCGCCACGACGAGAUCAUGUUCGGCUUCAGGGUGUGGAGAGAGGCCAGGGAUCGCAUCGUGGGCUUCCCGGGGCGCUACCACGCCUGGGACAUCCCCCACCAGUCCUGGCUCUACAACUCCAACUACUCCUGCGAGCUCUCCAUGGUGCUCACUGGUGCUGCCUUCUUCCACAAGUACUACGCGUACCUGUACUCCUACGUGAUGCCCCAGGCCAUCCGGGACAUGGUGGACGAGUACAUCAACUGUGAGGACAUUGCCAUGAACUUCCUGGUGUCCCACCUGACCAGGAAACCUCCCAUCAAGGUGACAUCCCGCUGGACCUUCCGCUGCCCCGGCUGUCCCCAGGCGCUGUCCCACGACGAUUCGCACUUCCACGAGCGGCACAAGUGCAUCAACUUCUUUGUGAAGGUGUACGGGUACAUGCCCCUGCUCUACACCCAGUUCCGCGUGGACUCCGUGCUCUUCAAAACCCGCCUGCCCCACGACAAGACCAAGUGCUUCAAGUUCAUCUAGGGCUGGCACAGGAGGGAGGCUGGGACAGGGCUGUGGAUGGGCUGUGAGUGCUGAGGUGUGUGAUCUGGACUCUGGCCUCACUCUGCAUUGGGAUGGGCACUUCCCUCCUUCCCUGAGCUCCCACAGGGCUCCUCCACACAGGGAAUGGGAUCCCAUGGCUCCUGGGAACACACACAGGGAAUGGGAUCCCAUGGCUGCUGGGAGGACACACACAGGGAAUGGGAUCCCAUGGCUCCUGCAAGGACACACACAGGAAUGGGAUCCCAUGGCUCCUGCAAGGACACACACAGGGAAUGGGAUCCCAUGGCUCCUGAGAGAACACACACAGGGAAUGGGAUCCCAUGGCUCCUGAGAGAACACACACAGGGAAUGGGAUCCCAUGGCUCCUGGGAACACACACAGGGAAUGGGAUCCCAUGGCUCCUGAGAGAACACACACAGGAAUGGGAUCCCAUGGCUCCUGGGAACACACACAGGGAAUGGGAUCCCAUGGCUCCUGGGAACACACACAGGGAAUGGGAUCCCAUGGCUCCUGGGAGAUCACAC